AUGGACGUUUUCCUCUUGACCACAUUCGUUCACGAUAAAUCACUGUGCCCGGUGUUCGCUUGGUGCUUGAAAAAUCUUUUUAUUACCCAUCUCGCCAUUUAUUUCAUAGAGAUUUUCAUCCGGGAUUUUGCCGCAAAUGGUGUCUUUAUCGACUUUUUCAUGGAAAAUCAGAAAAUUGUUGGAAAAAUUUUCUUUGCAGUAGCAGUUGUUUGGGGUGCUCAAGUGAUCCAUUGGAAUAUGCUUAUGGGAAUAUCGAGGCUCUGGUGUGUGCUGGCAGUGAUCUCGUUCAAAAAGUAUCUGACUUCUCGAAUGAGAUUGGUGAUCUCGUGCGUUGUUUGGGAUAUUGGCCAAUGGAUCGAUAGAACUGAUCGAGUUCGCUUAUCUCGUGCGUUGUUUGGGGUUUUAAUGGGAUCUUGUGCUUGCAUAUCUUCAUCUUCGUUGAUUGUAGAUAUUGGCCAAUGGGUGAAAACUCGAUUUCUUUCGGGACGUAAAGUUACACAAAGGAUUCUUGUGGCUCAAUUUAUGAUUAAUAUGCCUAAACUUCUCUCAUGUUUUUUGACAAUCUAUGGCCAAGUGCAAGCAUUCAUUUUACCGACGAUUCUACCGGAAAUCGAUUUGAAACUCUAUUGGUUUUUAGCGCAAUUAGGUGGAGUUGGUUACGGGAUAAAUGCGACGAUCGUUGUGUUCAUUUGCUUUCCACAGGCACGACAACGUCUGCGGAAAAUCGUAUAUCGAAAAGAGAAAUCAUCAUCCCGAGCCGAUCAGUCAUUACACACUCUACAAACGAAAGAAAUCGUCACUCUUUAC